GCUCUUCAGGUCACAGUGUAAGAGAACACACCCCGCUCCAUGUGACGGGACUCGGGCGGAGAUGACUUGAGCGACUCUGACCACUGCUGCCGUGCGCGUCGCACGCGCGAGUGUGUGCGAUGUUGUGAGAGUGGUGUGUGUGUGUCGGUGUGUGUGAAAGCCACCACUAGUCGCCCCCAGUGCUCUUCAGUCUCCACUCUCCCUUCUCACCGCAGACUGAACGUCACGUCCGCACUUGAACUUGAGUUUUCUCCCAUAGAAGCCAGAGAGCCGCACACAGCCACACAGAGCCCGGGGAUGCGGGACUCAGCAGCUAGCACAAAGAGGAAAGAGGGUAGCAGUCUAUCCUCAAACCAGCACUGGGCUUUGACUCAGAGUUAAAGUCUAACCUGCCCGCCUGGUUGGCGCUGCCAGUGCAGCAGAGGAAGUGCCCACCACUUGGCGACAGCUCGAGAAGUGCCAAGAAGAAAUUUGGAUUCCUAUUUUACGCACUUUGGCGUAAUUUCACCUGCUUUGUACGGACACGGACGCAAAGUGGCCGCAGAGUGGACACAGGUAGUGACUGACCAUCAGGAGGUGACCGCCGACCUCCAGCCACUUGCCGCCUCUCUUCUCCACUCCUCUCCUUUCUUCACUCUCCUCUGACAGAUGGUGUGAAAGCGGCGAAAGACAGAGCCGGACUACCCCCUCCCAUACCACCACCACCACGACUGAAGAAGGAAGGUGCGCUUUGGCACCCAGCUCCGACCGAGCGCUCGGCCAUCCAGCGCUGCGCCACGGCAGGUCACAGCAGAGCGCAGGAGUCGCUGCCCACUGGAGGGAGAUCCGUCACGCAGGGGUCAGUUCAGCGACGGCCACAUUAGGGGCCAGUGCAGAGCGGUCAGUUUGGGGUGGCCAGCGAGCGACCGGUUUUGAGGCCAGUCAAUAUACAGGAGCAGCAGCAGGAGGAGGAGAGCCGACCCUUCCAGCGCAGCUCUUCGGGCGAUGCCAGUGUAAAUGCCACGGCGAUGUCCCGACGCAAGCAGGGGAACCCGCAGCACCUGUCCCAGAGAGAAAUAACGCCGGAGGUUGAGCAUCCAGAUGGCCGCCUGCUCUCCGACUCCCUACCCACUCACCCACUCAGCCUGCCCUCCCACCUACCUCCCCACCUGUUGGACUCUAGUCUGGCCCAUGCCCUGCCACCUGGUCUACACACUGACCACGACUUGUUGACCUGUGGCCAGUGUCAGAUGACCCUCCCGUUGGGUGAUAUCCUCCUCUUCAUUGAGCACAAGAAGAAGCAGUGUCAAACACCGAUUUUGGCCAAUGGCUGCUUUGACAAGAUGGCGGACCGAGGAGGAGGUGGAGGGAGUCCAACUCUGCAGAGCCUUCAUCACCACACACAGCGGGGGGAGCUGAGGAAGGUGGUGGAACCGGUGGAAAUCGGCAUCCAGGUGACACCAGAGGAGGAGGAGGUGGGACGAGGUGAGAGGGGAGAGAGGAUGCCCACCAAAGGAAUUUGCCCCAAGCAAGAAAACACACCAGCGGGUGGCAGGGAUGAGCCUUCCAGCUAUAUAUGUACAACAUGUAAGCAGCCCUUCCCCAGUGCCUGGUUCCUGCUGCAGCAUGCUCAGAACACCCAUGGCAUUCGAAUAUACCUGGAGUCCAACCCUUCCAGCACAGCCCUCACUCCACGCAUCACUAUGCCUCCACCCAUGGGCAACGACUCUAUCCCGCAGUCACCCCUUACCAACUUUCUUGGGGACAACAACCCCUUCCACCUCCUAAGGAUGACGGGCCCCCUGCCUCCCCCAGGGUUCAUGGAGAACCGCCUCCCCAACACACCUCCAUUUGUCAGCCCGCCUCCCCGCCACCACCUGGACCCCCAUCGGCUGGAACGCCUUAGUGCAGAGGAAAUGGGCCUCAUAUCCCAGCACCCCAGUGCCUUUGAGAGGGUGAUGCGGUUAACACCCAUGGCCAUGGAAUCCCAAUCCAUGGACUUCUCAAGGCGGUUACGUGAGUUGGCAGGAAACACCAACAGCACCACACCACCGUUGUCACCCAGCAGGGCCAACCCUAUGCACCGACUACUAAACCCCAACCCCUUUCAACCUGGGCACAAAUCACCUUUUCUGAGCACCCCCCCUUUACCACCAAUGCCCCCGAACAGCACCACCCCUCCCCAGACACAGAACAAAAUCAAGUCCUGUGAGUUCUGUGGUAAAACCUUCAAGUUUCAGAGCAACUUGGUGGUGCAUCGGCGCAGCCAUACUGGAGAAAAACCAUACAAGUGCCAGCUAUGUGACCACGCCUGCUCUCAGGCAAGUAAGCUGAAGCGCCACAUGAAGACCCACAUGCACAAAGCUGGAUCACUGACGGGGCGCUCAGAUGAUGGACUGUCCACUACAAGCUCUCCAGAGCCAGGCACCAGUGAUGUCACAGGUGAGGGCAUGAAGAAUCGUGAUGGGGACUUCCAGGGGGAAGGUAAUGAGGAGGAAGAAGAGGAGGAGGAAGAAGAAGAACUUGAGAAUGAGAGUCGACCCGAAUCCAACUUCAGCAUGGAGUCUGAGUUCUACCGGAACAGGGAGAAUGGUUCUAAACCGCCCUCAGAGGAGAAGUCAUCAUUUAACCUUGAGAAGAUGGUGGAAAGUGGGGGGCUCAAUUCUAUACAGCAGUACAAUAAUUUGAUAGUUGACAAUCGUAAAAGGAUGCCCUUCUCUAAGAGGUGCUUGGAUGGCCAGCGGGACACGGGAGAUGAAGACUCAGUAGCUGGGGAGAUGGACCACCAGCAGGAUGAGAGGACAACUCUUAAUGGCCGGAACUGUGGCUCCGGCAACUCUUUCUCAGGCCUGUUUCCCCGUAAGCCAACCCCCAUUACCAGCCCCAGCCUGUCCAACUCCUCAAAUAAGAGGAUCAAGAUUGAGAAGGACUUGGACAUUCCCCCGGCACCCCACAUCCCCUCUGAGAAUGUCUACUCUCAGUGGUUGGUGGGCUAUGCUGCCUCACGUCACUUCAUCAAAGACCCUUUCCUAGGCUUCACUGACUCCAGACAAUCGCCCUUUGCCACCUCCUCUGAGCACUCAUCUGAGAAUGGCAGUCUGCGGUUCUCAACACCUCCGGGUGAUCUGCUGGAUGGCGGUAUGUCGGGCCGCAGUGGCACCGCCAGUGGAGGCAGCACACCUCAUCUGGGUGGAGGCCCGGGUCCUGGCCGACCCAGCUCCAAGGACAGCAGGAGGUGUGACACCUGUGAAUUCUGCGGCAAGGUGUUCAAGAACUGUAGCAAUCUGACGGUGCACCGGCGCAGCCACACUGGCGAGAGGCCCUACAAGUGUGAGCUGUGCAACUAUGCCUGUGCCCAGAGCUCCAAGCUCACACGCCACAUGAAGACACAUGGCCAGCUUGGUAAGGAAGUCUACCGCUGUGACAUUUGCCAAAUGCCCUUCAGCGUGUACAGCACUCUAGAGAAACAUAUGAAAAAGUGGCAUGGAGAACAUUUAAUGACCAAUGAGGUCAAAAUUGAACAAGCAGAGAGAACCUAAACUAGGUUCUCCAUUUCAGUACUCUGCGCCACCAUUUGACUUAAAAAAAACAAAAACAAAAUGGGGUAGCUGGAUAAUCUUUUUCUGAGAUAUUGAUUUUGGGUUAAUUUUGUGUUUUUAAGAAACUGCCAACUGAGAAAAAAAAAGAAAAAAAAAGAAAAAGAAAACAGAUAUCUUAACACCAAUUGAAGCUGUCUAAACUGCCUCAUUUGGGGUUCCUUUUUAAACAGUCAGUUGAGUUAUAACAUAUGUGGAGCCUUUAACUGUGCAAUAAUUUCUGUAUUUAUUGGAUUUUGUAUUUUGGCAUGUGCAGGUACAUUUUUAUUUAGGCAUUUUUUAAAAUUUGUUUUACUUUGAUUUUUGUGUUACUGUUUUUAAAAACCCACAUGAUAUCCUGAGAGUUUUUUAGAAAGAUAAAAGUCCAUUUUAAGUAAUCUUUUUUGGCCGCUGCUUGUAGGAAAUUGUAUAUUAAGCUAAAUGUUUGAUUUCUUGAAGAGAAGCUGAAUUUAAUCUUCAAUUUGAAAGUGGUGUUAACUGAGAAUGCUAGAAUUAUUUUGUGUGAUGACGAUAUGCGGACAACAAUCCUUUGGCAUUGUAGCAUGAACGGACUCUAAAACAUGUCAAUAUAAUUGGAUAUGUAGCACUGAGUGUCAUAUUUGACAGUAAAUCUAAAAUCAAAGAGGAUCCCAAGGUUUAUAAACCCUGUCUCCUCCUGAGAACAUCAUUACCAGCCAGAAGAAACAGAUUCUAGAUAAGGCAGCUGCUGAAUGGUACAUAGUACCAAGCCCAGACAACGCUAUGACAACCAUCUUUUGCUUUCUACACCCCAACUCUACUUACUUACAUUCAUACUGCCAUGUAUUCUAUUUUGCAUGAAGCCAUAUAAUCUAGGCUAUAUUAUUUAUUAGAAGUAAAGUGAGCAUGAAGUUAUGCAAGAUGAGUAUGCAUAGAGAUAGAAAGAUCAAGACAAGUGAGUGAGCACAGGGACAUCUCAGGGUGAGCUAUACUACUUCUUUUUAUUUAUUUAGCCAUUCAUUCCUCUUUCCAGAAGCUUUUCCAUUUCAUCAUAUGUUCAAAUAAUUAGGGACAGUUGUAUCCUCUACAGCUGCCCUCUGCCCCCCUAACCAGGUUCAUGUCCAAGCUUUAUACUCAUUUCAAAGUUAUUAUACUCAUUUAUAUUUGAAGUCACUGCUUGUGUUUCUAACAUGAAUUAGUUUAGAGAGGGUUAAAUGUGUGUUCUUACAGGGCAGAUUCCAAUACUGUAAUUAGAUUCACCUGCAGAAAAUUUAAUUCUCAGAUUUUAUGCUCAAAAUGUAUAAAAAUCAACAUCCCUAUGCAUUCUUUGUGCAGAAAUAUCUUACAAUUUGUUAAAAAGUGGUACAGUAAGUUCAUACGUUUAUUGUUAUAGUAUAAUAGUUAUGAUCUGAUUAAUAAAGUCACCUCUCCAGGAAUAGGAAUCCUUCAAAGUUUCACUGUUAGUUGUGGGACAGUUUUGAGUAGAAGAGGGAAAAAAAAUGUGUGUGCUGAAAUAGUAAACUAAUAGUAAGACAAACAGUUUGCUCCAUGCCCCUUUGCUUUUAGAAAAUAUCAUAAUCCAAGAUUUUCCAUAGUGGCACUUUUUACAUUUUUAAAUCAGAUCUGAUUUGAAUGCUGUCAAUAUAAAAACUCAGAGCUCUUAACAGCAGACCAACACUUUUUCCAUCUGACACAAGAGCUGGACUGAAAAGGUACUAAAGGGUCUAGAGCUUGGGAUCUCCUAAUGCUGAGGCUUUCACAAUGAUGGCACUGUAACAUUUCAAAAGAACAAAUAAUUUGUUUGGGACAGUUUUUGUACUGCCAUUCAAUUUGACAUGAGCGUGCCUUGAAUAAUGAUCUUCCUAUUUAUUGUCUCAGACAAAUGCAACACUUUUUAAGAAGCAUACAAUUGAACAAAGAAGAAAAUGUAAAAUUGUGUUAACUUGAAUGUGUAAUUUGAUAUUUCAACAGAAUUAUAUAAAUGAAUACAAAUAAACAUACAAAGAAACAAUGCUGAGUUUAGGUUUAGGAGUACCCAGCACAAUAUCAAUGUGUCUGUGUGUGUAUAUAUGUAUGCAUAUGUACAUAUAAAGGCACAAACCUAUAUAUAAAUAUAUAUCAAAUUCCUCACUCACAGGACAAGAGUCCUGAACAGAAAAUUCCAGGAGUGGACAACAGCCACACAAAACGUCAAGGAAGAGACUCGACAAAAAUCAGGAAAUGCAGAAACUAAAAAAAAGAAUUUAGUGCACUCUGUCUUAAAAUAAGUUUACAGUAUUGAAACAAGUACAAGGGUGAAAAAAUAUUUGUGUGUAUGUGUGUUUUAAACAAAUGAGUAUUUUUUUUUCCAGUUUGCUUCUGAAAUUUCUCUGAAUGCCUUUGUGGCGAUGUGUAUAUUGUUUCUUUUCUUUCAUUUUAAAAUUUUAAAUUUGUAAUUCUUUUUUUGGUGAUGGGGUUUUAGUAUAUAUAUAUAAAUAUAUAUGAAUAUAUAUUACAUUUUUCUUGUUUACUGUAAAAGUAUACCAGUAUUUGUAAUAUUGAAGAAUGCCUGGGCAUUUUACAAAAAUAGAAAAAGUUUGUUUUUUAUUUUAUAUUUUGCAGUCAAAUUUAAAUUGUGGGUCCCUUAAACUGUUUUUGUCACUGUAACUGUAAAACUCUUCAGUUUUAGUAACUUUUAUUCUGCCUUGGGUGUAAUGAAAAUAAAAAAUAAACAAAUUAAAAAAUGAUUGAGCUGUAACAAACUUGGAUUUGGUGGUGGGAUGACUGGUUUUCGGGGUGGGGGUGGGUAGAUGGGUGCUCCAUUAGCAGAUGGAGAUUUUCUCCAUUAGAAACAACAGAACUGGUUCUGCUUUUCAGGAAAAACACACUGAGAAUCCUGACUUGUAUCUAUUUUUCUUCUUCUGGAAUGAAUUAUUCUUCAUGGAUGGUUUGAAAUACAUGUGUAGGCACUUGCUGUCUUUCCUAAGGAGCUUGUCUUUUUUUAACUUGUAGGCUAUGUGCAUCCUUUUGUGAAUAGGGUACUCUGAGUACCUGAAACGUCUUGCUCUUAUAUCGGGUACAGGGGGAGGGUGACUUCAUUCCAAUGACAAGACACAACUCACAGGCUGCCACGAUGUAUUUUUCCUCAUGGGGCAGGACGAAUAACCUGAUGAAUUUGUACUGUUGUAAUGAAUCACAUUGUAUAAAGGGGGAUAAAAAGGUUGUUCCACGGCCUUUAAGUGACAAAUGACAAGAUGUUUUGUUUAUCGCUCCAUUGGUUGUACAUAUUUUUCUAUGACUAUGCUGUUUUUAUUUAGUUUGACUUUUUUUUAAUUUUUAAUUUUUAUUUUUUUUAUAUUUGUUUGUAAUUUCUAACUGGCACUGGGUGACUUCCUGUGUCUGGGGGUGGGGUUGGGGGGGUUAUUCUGUUUGACCUUUGUGACCUCCAUGUGAGUUUUCAGGCACAUGCCUCCCCCGUUGAUAUUUCUCGGCAUGAGAACAGAGCACAAAUACAAGCUGUUACAAUUCUUCA